CCCCCCCCACUUUUGCCUUUGAAACUCCACACCAUAUCAUAUCCCCUCCUCCUCUCAAUUAGUUUCUUUUAUUUUGAUGUUAUCAUCUUUUCCUCCUAUUGAGGAAGACAUGGUUUCUUAAAAAGCUGAGUUUCCCCAAGUUCUCUCAAAACUCAGGAACCGAAGAGGCCAACUCUGUGGGACUAUGAGGCUCCUGACAGCCCUGCAGUCCUCCUUGGGUCACAGCACCCACUCGUUUGGAGAUAGCUUUCCUAUAAAAGGGCUGAACAGCUCUGCUUACCUUGCUGGGCGUGUGGAGAGCGGGGGACCAUGGACUUGAUCAGCAUUCAGCAGUUGGUAAGUGGAGAAAGAGUUGAUAGGAAAGCGUUGAGAUUUGGACAUGGAGUUCCUGAUCCGGGAGGCUGGCCUAGUGACUGGAGGCUGGGACCCCAAGAGGCUGUGGCCAGGGAGAAACUGAAGUUGGAAGAUGAGAAGAAGAAGAAAAUGGAAAGAUUUAACAGCUCCAGACUGACUCUGGACAAUCUGACAGACUUAGAAAACUUGGUUCAAAGACGAAGAGAAAAACGACUGAGACGCAGAGUCCCCCCCAGGGAACCUGAGCCUAUGGUUGAGCCUCAGCCCCAGGCCCAGCUGGAGCCUGUGGACCUGGAGAUGUUUCUGAAGGCAGCUGCUGAGAACGAGGAGGCCCUGGUUGACAAGUAUCUGACAGAUGGUGGGGACCCCAAUGCCCAUGACAAGCUCCACCGCACUGCCUUGCACUGGGCCUGUCUGAAGGGUCAUAGACAGCUGGUGAACAAGCUGCUGGCGGCAGGAGCUGCUGUGGACACAAGGGACUUGCUGGACAGGACACCUGUGUUCUGGGCAUGCCGGGGAGGACACGUGGACAUCCUCAAACAGCUGCUUAACCAAGGAGCUCAGGUCAAUGCACGGGACAAGAUCUGGAGUACCCCCCUCCAUGUGGCAGUGCGCACGGGCCACCCUGACUGCCUGGAGCACCUCAUCGAGUGUGGAGCCCACAUUGAUGCACAGGACAAGGAGGGAGACACAGCUCUCCAUGAAGCUGUACGCCACGGCCACUUCAAAGCUAUGAAGCUGCUGCUACUCUACGGCGCCAAGCUGGGCAUGAAGAAUGUGGCCUCUCUGACCCCGGUGCAGCUGGCACGAGACUGGCAGCAAGGUAUCCGGGAAGCACUGCAGGCCCAUGCUGGGCACCCUCGCACCCGGUGCUAAUGACCUGAACCUGUAGGUCACUCACAGCUACCAUUCCGUCCCCUCACCUUCCCUGCAGCUGUGCCCUGUGGUUCUCAGCCCUCAGUCCCAGUUCUUGUCAGGCUUUGCUUCCUCAGGCCUGAGUUGUUGGCGGGUAGAACAGGCCCCCUAGGCUUUGAUGUUAAGGGGUGCUGUGUUCCCUGCCAGGGCUGGUGCAGAGGACCACAGGGCAACAAGAGACGUGAGUCCAGACGAGGUCCAGGGAGCGGAGUGGGAGCCAAGGAUGAAAAAGGUAGUGAGCAGGCCAGGGCUGAGUCUAAACCUGUGCCUACUAAUCCUCAGAAUCUUGGCCCUUGCCCUUCACAAGGGCCAGUCUCCUGCUGCUAAUGAUUCAGACAUGGCCAGCAGCUAUUCCCAGAGCACAGAAGAGAAAACCAAAGUAGGCCAUGUAGAUGCCAGGCAUUUCUGCUACUAACAGUUGCCUUUUGGUGGGGUUUCUCCAGGGUACUCUGACCACUAUCAGCAGCAACCCUGAUAGUGUCUGGAGUGGCUCUAGCCAUCAUUGGUCUUCAGGAUUCUGGGAGGGGUUCUGGCAGGUGAGGGGUAUGUCAACUGGCUUGAAGCCCCACACGUCAGUACCUACCAGGUUGCCUCAGAAACCAAAGACUGAUAAGCCAGAGCUUAUAUUCACUCUGGGGAAACAUGUCCACUGUGCCUAAAGACUGGUCAGCCUGCAGUAUGGCUGCUGACUAGCUGGCCUUGGGGGUAUAAGAGCAUCUGGGGGCUAGGGAUUGCUUGUGGCCCACUCAAGUCUUGAGGUGGUGGCCCGCAACCCUGGUUUGCCUCACCUUUAACAACCCUUGGCACUGGAGACAUGCUUUGGCCUGGCCUCUGUAUCCCCUGUACACUGAGCUGCUCUGAAUUUGGCCAAGGAGACACAGGAAAGGCAACCCUGGAAUAUACCCCUCCAGUCCUUCGUCUGUUAAUUGGUGGUAAUGAGGACUUCACACAAGUUCCUUAGUGCCCCCCCCCUCCCCCCCGCUUCUGCUGUUUCUAGCUUCACUGGUACAGACCUGUACUACUGGCAGGGCUGGCUCCUUAAAUGCCAGAAAGUUAUCAAAGAGCUGUGACCUCAAUGGAGACCACAGGCAUGAGUGAAGAAGGGCUGAAAGACAAAAUCUUUGAGUUCCUCACAUGGUCCUGGCUACCUGGGUUGACACAUCCAUCUUGCAGUGAUUAUCUUUAGUCUAAUUUUGGUGGCUUUUCCAAACCAAAAACAAGACUAUGUUAACUAUGUGAAAAAGCUGACUAGUGCUCCAUCCCAGGGGCACAUACCUUUCCACUGGUAGUUCCUAUGCUGUUGUGACAGAGCCAAUGUGCACCAAUGAUGCCUUGGGCAUAACAGACAUUCAAGACAAUGGAGACAACUCCUCAUCUAGAAAAUGAGGACUUAUGUGACAAAACACCUUUUUAUAUGCAUCAAUGUUUUCUCAUUAAAUUGAUUGCCCAUCA